CACCGCGGGGCAUGCCGGGGCGCGGCGCUGCUGCCGCGGGCGCUGCGCGGGCCGGACCGUGCGGGAGCCGCAAACUCGCACUGACAGCGCAGGGGAGAACUCACCUCGGGCAGGUCGCGGGAGGGACGGAUGGCGGUGCGUCAAAUUCCCGCCCUCUAGAAGUCCGGCUGGACUCACGGGCUCGGCCGGUGUGACCCAACAGCGCUCACUGGGCGGGACCGGCAUCUCCUCGCCCGUUCCCAGCGAGGACACGUUACGUCGGGUGUUUCCCUGCUACUGUAGGUUAUUAUCGAACUGCGCCCCGAGAGCACGACCGGACCGCCGUCGCUGCUUUCCCGUCCUGCCGGAGAAUCCCAGACCCGGCCCGGAUCGGCUCCUGCACCCGCGGUCCCGGAUGCCGCGGCUGCCGUGUCCCUCGGGCCGUGCUCGCUGCAGGGCCGGGCUGUGCGCUGUGCUCUCGGUACACGGCGAGCAGCGACCGCGGCCACGGCAGCGCGGAAUGAGAGCUCCACUCGACAUCGCCGAACUGACUAAAUCUUUCCUUUAACCGCAAAACCAGCGCAGUCCCCCACUUGCUGGGGCAUUAGGCAUUUUGAAUCACAAUGAAAAGCUGCAAAAGUAGGGUAAGGGUGAAAAGUCAAGCACUGGUGAAUUGGCAGAAGUACAAGAGAAAGCAGCGGCGUGAUAAACAAGAAUAAAGGAAGUACCAGCUUAAAAUAGAAUACAAACAUUUAUGAGCCAACCAAUAGAACAAAGCAUGAACAGCGCGUGCAUAGACAAUAGAACCAAUGAGAAAUGACCAGAUAUGCAGCUAUUCGCGUGUACGGAAAUAAGAAACUAUAUAACAAGCUUCAGAACUAUAAUAAAAUCGGAGUUUUAUCCCCACAUCGUCCCGCUGUGUUAUCUCCCCAAGCCUCGGGCCGCAGCAUUCUGGUGAUGCCGACGUGAUGGGACGGGCGCGCUGACGAGCACCACCACGAGUUGCACUCUGUAUCGGAGCGCUCUGCUGACGAGAGACAAGGCUUGCUGAUCUCAGUCAUCCGAGAGAGACGGGAGCCCUUCGAGGCUGGUGGCCACAAGCUGACCGGUGAGUCAGGCAGACAAUUGUUUACGGGAAUCGGGAUGAGUCUCGCUGCAUCAGCGGUAGAAAAGGAAACUCUGGACGGGCUGGCCCGCGUCCUAGAUAAAACUGAAUACAAAGUCAGCCGUAACAGUCUAGUGGACUUACUGUUGUGGGGCCGAAGACGGGGAUAUUUUAAGGUACCCCAAGAUGCUUUUGAUUUGGAGACCUGGAACCACGUCAGCAAAGGUUUAUGGGACAGUAUACAGGUUGGCACUAAAGGUGUUGAAGAUCAUGCAAAAACAUAUCGGCAAGUGCGGCUUGCGUUAGAACAACUGAACGCUGAAGCUGAAGUCGGCCGAGCUAUACGAGACAGCAUUAAGGAAGCUGAGAAGGGUGAUGAAAAGAAUCAGAAGGGAGGAUGUGCUCAGAUGGAUAUUCUUGCCACUCCAGCUACAAAAGGGGCGUAUGAUAACCUCAUUCCCCCCUUCUGUCCCGACGAAGGGGUUGGUGGAGCUGCUCAGACAGGACCAAGUGCCCCUCCAAUGGAGGUAGACCCAUCCACUGUGCCCUUGCCGUCCGAAAAUCCAGAUAUACAAGUCGCUGAAAGGGUUAGAGAACUGUCCGGACACAUGCAGGAAUUAUUGAGCGAAUUGCAGAGGCUUGAUCCAGGCUCAAACAAGCGGCGAAUUGAAGAGGCGUAUAAGAAAGCUUUGGAGGCUAUAAAAGAAGGACUAGAGAAUGUAAGCGCACAGUUAGAUUCCAGAGAAGAACGAAUGGUAGAACAAGUAGAAAGGCGAAUGCGGAAGCUAAUGCAAGAGGCAUUAAACAGAGACUGGGACUCUGAAACUUUACAUCACUACUUGCGCACGAAAUCUGGUGCGGUGCAUGGCUUGACAGUGUCUGAAUGGCAACAGAUUGACCUCACGCAUGCUGCUUCGCUGAAGGCUUCAGAGUCAGGAAAGCAAGGAGGGAUUGGAGAACGAAUGAAAGCUUGGCUGUCAGGCUCAGAAAGCGGUUCAGAGGAGCCGCCACGGGAUCUGUCAUUCGAUCCGAGGAAGCGAUACAAGGGACUGGCUGAAAUUAUGGGAGAAAUUACCCUCGGACCGUUAGUAGCAGCACCUGAAGUUAGUACCGUGAACAGACCGGAGUGGAGAGCAUUAGAUUGGGCCACAGUGACUAAAAUACAGCAAGAUGUAAUGAAUUAUGGUAUGCAUAACCCACUAGUCCAGCGACAGGUUACGAGCCUGCUAAAAUAUCAGGAUCUUGUCCCCAGGGAUAUACAUCUACUGAUGGAGCUCAUGUUGGGCUCAACAGCCUUCACAUUGUUCUUGACAAAAUGGCAGGGUAUUUUAGAAGAAAAACAGGUUGAAAAUCUGAAUUUAGACAUGAGGGAUCCUUUGCGACUAGCCACAAUAGAGCAGUUGAUGGGAACGGGACAAUACCGGGACCCCCAGACACAGGCGGCACUACACUCACGAAUUUUAGGACAGUCAAAGGCUGCUGCCUUGGAGGCAUUCGCAGCUAUGCCACAGAUUGGGAAACCACGACGACCAUAUUUAAAGAUCAUGCAAGGAGCGAAAGAGCCCUUUAUAACUUUUGUUGACAAAAUCAGGGAUGCUCUUGACGCAGCUAGUCUCCCCGAAGAUGCCAAAUUAAUAAUGUUAAAGGAGAUAGCUACACAGAACGCCAAUGCUAUUUGCCGGCGCAUAAUUACUAGUCAACCUGCCGGAGCCUCCCUUACACAGUUGAUCGAGGUGUGUGACCGAGGCCCCCUUGAGGAGGAGAAGAUAAAGGCAAAGAUCCAUGCCAGUGCUAUGGCACCCGUGCUAAAGCAAAUGCUUACCCAGGGACGAGGGGAUCGAGGACCAAAUUGUUUUGCUUGCGGGCAACCAGGUCAUUGGAAGAAGAACUGCCCUCAGAGAACUCGAAAGAAUGAACAGUCCUCAUCAGCGGGUUUCACUGGGACCUGUUGGCGGUGCGAGAAAUUUGGCCAUCAGGCUAGAGAAUGCCGCUCUCGGUUCAAAAAGGAUGGUACUCCCCUCGGAAACACUGCUAGCACCACUUUCUCGGGAAACGGGAAGGGCCGCGGGGUGAGCGCGGGGAACAAAUACUCGCCACAAACCCCACAAGUUCUGGCUGCCUCAAUGACCUCGUCGCAGCUACAAGAGGAAGCACAGGAGUCGGUUUGGCCCUGGCAGGAACAGUGACUAUCUCAAAUGAUCAUAUCCUUGUGUUAGACUCCACUUCUCGAGGACCACUCGGAGAUGGAUUGGCUGCCUUACUUAUCGGACGAUCCAGUAUGAGCAAAAGAGGGAUUUUUGUGCUGCCUGGAUUGAUUGAUUCGGACUAUACUGGAAUAAUUAAAAUUAUGGUCAAGGUUUUCAUACCCCCCAUUACCAUCCCGGAAGGAAGCAAGAUAGCGCAGUUAAUCCCCUUUUUUCCACAAAUAAAAAAUUGUAAAAAGCAGGAAAGACAGGAUAAGGGAUUUGGAAGUAACGGAAACACUCUUGUCCUGCUCACGCAAGAAGUUACCAUGGAACGCCCAAAGGAUGCAGUAACCAUCUGUCACAAAAAUGGGGAAACACUUAAUUCAAUGAUGCAACCACCUACAAUCGUUACGUUAUUAGAUACUGGAUCAGAUGUGACCAUUGUUCCUUUAAUGCAUUGGCCGCGACACUGGCCUCUACAGCGCUUUGCUGGACAAUUGUCCGGAAUAGGAGGGCAGACGCAAACUUUUCAGGCUAUAGAUCACUAUCGUGUGGUCAGCUCUGAUGGACGUGUGGCUUAUUGCCAACCUUUUGUGUUAGAUACUACCCUGUGGGUUGCCAGCCGAGACCUGCUGUCUCAAUGGGGCAUGGUCUUACAGGCUGCGCCUUUUGUGCGGCGGCCACUGGGGUCACGGCCUCCCCAUCAUCCAACUGCGAUGGCUGACUGAUAAGCCUGUAUGGGUACCCCAGUGGCCGCUGCCCCAUGAAAAAAUAGAGGCCUUAAAGAAACUUGUGAAUCAACAACUACAACAAGGACACAUUCGGCCUUCUACCAGUCCUUGGAAUACACCGGUAUUUGUUAUAAAGAAGAAAUCUGGAAAAUGGAGAUUUCUACAUGAUUUGAGACAGGUGAAUGCAGUCAUGAAAGACAUGGGAGUGCUUCAGCCUGGGCUUCCCUCUCCUGCUGCAUUACCCCAGAAAUACCACCUGUUUAUUAUUGACUUAAAAGACGGUUUCUUUUCGAUACCGCUGCAUCCUGAUGAUAUGGAGAAGUUUGCAAUCACUGUGCCUGUAGUGAACAACGGUGGCCCAGCACAUCGCUAUGUGUGGACCGUAUUGCCUCAAGGGAUGAAGAACUUCCCAACUAUGUGCGACUGGUAUGUGGAUCUUGCAUUGCAACCUUGGAAGAAAGACCACCCGGAGUACAUAGUGUAUCACUACACGGAUGAUCUUUUGAUAGCCUCCAAAGAAAAAUUACCAACGUCAAAUGAGCACCAGUUGUUAAAGACGUUGAAAGAAUUUGGACUAACUAUAGCAGAAGAAAAAGUUCAGAGACAGGCUCCCUGGACCUAUCUUGGUACGUCUGUCACAGCUAACCGAAUUCGACCUAAUAAACUUCAGCUAACAGCGAACAUAGCAACAGUAAAUGAUGUGCAGAAAUUGGUGGGUGACAUUCAAUGGGUCCAGACAGGGUGUGGUAUUACCACAGAACAGAUACAGUCUUUAUUGGACCUGUUAAAAGAUACUAAAAAUCCAGCAGAGCUGCGGCAACAUACUGAUCAAACUCGGCAAGCUCUGAAGGAGGUAGAGCACGCUCUAAGUACGACUCAAGCAUAUCAGUAUGAUCCAAAUUUACCAAUCCAGAUUGCGGUAUAUGGUGCUCAUUUCCCUACAGCAGCUGUUAUUUGCCAAGUGACUCCUAAAAAGACUGUCUUAAUCUUGGAAUGGGUAUUUACUACUGCAUGGCCAACGGAAACAGUGUAAACACUGUGUGAUUAGACAGGAAACUUAACUUUGAAGGCCAGGAGAAAAGUGAGACAAGUAUUUGGAAUCGAGCCUGAGAAAUAACUAUUGCCAUGGAAAACCGGGGAUUUGGUAGAAGAAUGGUCUCAAUCAAGCAUACUAUUUGCAACCACUACUCAUGGGCUGAAAAUAGACGCUCAUUAUCCUGCCCACCCACUGUUUAAAACCCGGGUUGAAGUUUCUAGAACUAUAAUCGCAGAGCGACCCAUACCGCAAGCAAAAACGCUGUUUACUGAUGCCAGCAGACGUACCGGCAAGUAUGGUUACGUGUGGUAUCACAAUGAAGACUGGCAACAAAAACUUUGUCAAGAGAAGGGUCAUUCUGUUCAAGAGUUAGAGCUGAAGGCUGUAUUCAUUGCAUUAAUGGAUCAUAAGGAUGAAGCUCUCAACUUGAUUACAGAUUCUCAAUAUGUGGCCGGUUUGUUACCAAGACUGGACUAUGCCAUGAUUGGACCAUCUUCUAAUGAAGCCAUUGGCCUAAUGCUAUGUCACAUAUCCAGUCUCCUGGUGGAACGAACGCUUCCCAUUUGGUGCUCACAUAUUCGAGUCAUACCUCCUGGUUUGGAUGUAUGGCUGAAGGUGGCGAGACACGCUGGAUCCCGGCAAAGUGGGUGAGGCCCUUCUUAGGGCCCUCAACAUCAUUCGAGAACGAAGAAAAGGAGAAAGCAGAAGAGAAGAAGAUAGAAACGAAGAAAAGAGAGGAACAGAAGGAGGAUACGUAGCAGUGCAUCUAUCCACAGAAGACUGGGAGAAGUGGCGCCAGAGAGGAAAGACCCAUUUGCAGCCCUCAUGUAACGAGUUUAAUCUUCUAUACCUUUACCACAGUGAUCCUGAUCUAAGGUGUUGAAUUCGUUGGGAAUCACCAUCAUUAGAAGAUGCAUUAGCAUUGCUGCGGGUUUUUCUGCUGUGAAGACAGCAUGUCUUAGAAAGAACUUGCAAAAGCUGCAAGGGGACUCUUGAUCAUAUUGUAAUACUGUGUGUGGGUUGUAACAGAAAAGUGGAGGUUAGAAACCCCAGAUGGAGAGAACAGGCAUUUGGAGGGCGUGCUAGGUGUACAUUCCCUUAUGAAAUUAGGAGCUUUUGGGGGCCACUAUGACAGCUAGUGGGCAACAAGGUACUACGACAGCUGGGUUUAAGGCAAUUAUUUGAGAACACAGGGGAACUUCACUUAGCAGACAUUGUAUUUCACUUGUGGUGUGUUUUGCAGCAUUUAAAAAUUGCGGUCAAGACCCGAGCCUUAGCGCAGAGUUUUGUAUAUUGUUGUAAGAAACAUGGCGAUGAGGGGGGUCUUUAUGCUCCUUAUUAGUAUUGGAAUAACAAACAAGCUGGUAGUGGGAAACAAACUAAUAACACACUUUGGCCCUCGAGAGAAUGUUUGGGCAACCAUAGCAAAUCAGACAGGACAAUCUUCAAUGUGUUUAAGUUUGGGAAACAUCAACAGCCCCUUUAAAACUUGUCUAUUUGGAGUACCAACUUGGCAACCCUCUGAAUUCAAUGGCUUUGUGAAUAAUGUUACCGAACAGAAUGAAACCCAAAUGGCAUUAGAGAUAAAUGCAACUGCUCACGGCCUUACCCGCAACCAACUUGAUGGAGGAUGGCAAUGCCGUAUUAUCCUGGCCCUUAAUGCCACCCUUAAUUCCCCACCAGAGGAAAUUGAUAUUGUUGGAUGCAGUAACGCCAGCGUUGGCAAUAAGACAGGCGGAUGGCUCUCAUUUGAACCACUGCAUUCAGACCAGAUAAAUACAAACUGGUAUUUGUGGGCCACCCUAGAUUCCGAAUUGCUAAAUGCAAAUGUGAGCGAGCAACUAUAUUCUAAAUGCAAUGGAAGCAGUAUAACAAAGCCAUUGAAGCUACCAAAAGCCAUAUUUUUGAUUUGAGGAAACAGAGCAUGGAAUGGCAUCCCUGCAUUGCCAGCAGGUCUGUGUUAUCUCGGGCAACUAACUCUAUUUCAUCCAACAUAUUGCAAUUGACCAAAAUUAGUAAUAAAGGAAGAGCAAAGCGUAGCGUACAUGAGUUAGAGUGCAGCACAAAGGCUACCCCCGAGUUUUGGUCAGAAGUAAUUGUAAUUGUACCCACAAUUCUGCCAGGUGCACCUGCUCGCAAAGCAAUGGUGUUAGCAGAACAAAUAGCCUGCUGGGCAAAAAAUGAAAUUAACAUAACUUCACAAAUUUUAGAUGAGCUUACAGCCGAUGUAUCUAGUGUGAAUCAUGCAGUAUUGCAAAACCGAGCCGCCAUUAUUUACUAUUGGUUCAUGGACAUGGCUGAGAAGAGUUCUAAAACAUGUGUUGUAUGAAUCUUUCUGACCACUCAGUGUCGAUUCAUGCAAAAAUUAAGAAGUGCAGGAGCACCUUCACGAUUUGAAAGAACAGGAGGGCUUGGGAGUAGAAGGAUGGCUUGGGUUGGGACCAUGGCUAUCUAGCAUUAUUGCGCAUUUUGGCGGAUUGACUUUAAUGCUUUUAUUAGGAUUAUUGUUUUGACCCUGCUUGCUGCGCCUUUUUAGAGCACGCUUAGAGGCGAUGGUGCAUGCUGUUUUUGAAAAAAGAGAGGGAGAUGCUGGGGCAUUAGGCAUUUUGAAUCACAAUGAAAAGCUGCAAAAGUAGGGUAAGGGUGAAAAGUCAAGCACUGGUGAAUUGGCAGAAGUACAAGAGAAAGCAGCGGAGUGAUAAACAAGAAUAAAGGAAGUACCAGCUUAAAACAGAAUAUAAGCAUUUAUGAGCCAACCAAUAGAACAAAGCAUGAACAGCGCGUGCAUAGACAAUAGAACCAAUUAGAAAUGACCAGAUAUGCAGCUAUUUGCGUUUACGGAAAUAAGAAACUGUAUAACAAGCUUCAGAACUAUAAUAAAAUCGGAGUUUUAUCCCCACAUCAUCUCGGUGUGUUAUCUCCCCAAGCCUCGGGCCGCGGCACCCACUACCACAAAUUAUGCAGUCGAGUUUCCGCAUUUGGGGAAAUCGCAGGGGUCAGCACACCCGGAGUGCAGCAGGGUUGCAAGCCCGACCCCAGGGGGCCUCGGCGCCCGGUCCCUGCCCCAGCCCCAUCCCCAUCCCCAUCCCUGCCGAAGCGGCCCAGCCUCUCGUCUCCAGGCUGCAGCCCGCGGGUGAAGCGCCUCCGGCCCGGCUGCGCGCUCGGACUGCGGUGGGACGGCAAAACUCGGGUCAGCGUCCGGGCCCGCACCUCGCGGGAGGGACGGAGGUGGGCAGAGACUUCGUCCGACUCGGUGCGCGUUCAAUUCCCGCUCUCUGGAAGUCCGGCUGGACUCACGGGCUCGGCCGGGUGUGACCCAGGCAGCACUCACCGGGCGGUACCGGCAUCUCCUCGCCCGUUCCCAGCGAGGACUCGUUACACACCGGGUGUUUCCCUGCUCCUGCAGACACGGCCCGGGACAGGCCGGGACCAUCCCAGCUCCCAAGGCAGCAGCUCAGAGGCCCCUUCAGGGAUCCGCUGGCCAAUUCCUGCGGGGAACAGGGAUACGUGUCCCGGGCACGGGCAGAGCCUUUUCGGAGAGAGGACCUGGGAUGCCCCUGAACCGCGGCUGUGCUCGAACUGCGCACCGAGAGCACGACCGGACCGCCGUCGCUGCUUUCCCGUCCUGCCGGAGAAUCCCAGACCCGGCCCGGAUCGGCUCCUGCACCCGCGGUCCCGGAUGCCGCGGCUGCCGUGUCCCUCGGGCCGGGCUCGCUGCAGGGCCGGGCUGUGCGCUGUGCUCUCGGUACACGGCGAGCAGCGACCGCGGCAUGAGAGCUCCGCUCGACAUCGCCGAACUGACUAAAUCUUUCCUUUAACCGCAGAACCAGGGGAGAGCGCGAACGCAGUCCCCCACUACCACAAAUUAUGCAGUCGAGUUUCCCGCAUUUGGGGAAAUCGCAGGGGUCAGCACACCCGGAGUGCAAGGGAUGAGCCUCGCCCUGGGAAAACCACCUGCCUGAUCAUGGUGUCUCCCCUGCCAGGUAAGUAUGACCCCAUCGCCCACCGCCCGCAGCCCCUGCCCGCCGCACGCACCCACAACACACGCCCACCGCCACCCCGGCCCCGCCAGCCCCGCACGCAGCCGGGCCCCAAAAUCCGCGCCCCGUUCCGCACGGCCCGGCCCGCGCAGCGCCCGCGGACGCGCGAGGGCAGCGGGAGAGCGCGGGGGAUUUUCUUCCCGGCAUGCGGCGCGGCGCUGCCUCAUUUGCAUGGACACGCCCCUCGAGAACACACUCAUGGCCCGCCCCGCACCCGUCGACUCCUUGUUACGUCAUCACUCCGCCGUCCCCGGUUCCGGUUCGGUGCUGUGGCGCGGCCCGCACCGGGCGGCGGCGCUGGGAGCCCCCGAUGGCGUCAGGCGCCGCCCGCGGGCCGCCGUGCCGGGAGCGGAGUGUCCGGGAGCGGCCGGGACGGCGAUCGGGUUGUGCCGGGCGGAGCCGGAGCCGGAGCGGGGAGCGGGAGGGUGAACAGCGACUUCUCCGGGAGGCGCUGCCGGCCGGAGAUCCGGACUGUGAGGAUGGAGGAGAAGCUGCCCAAUCCCCCAGGAAAGCCGUGCGGGCCCAGGGCGGCGCCGGCGGGGCGGCGGAGGGGCGCGGCGAGAGCUCGGCGAACGGGGCCGUGGCGCCGCGGGCCGCGGGGAAGCGCGGCAGGAAGGGCAAGGCCGAGGUGCUGCUGCUGGAGCUGGCGCAGGCCCCGCAGCCCCUCCGCACGGAAAAGGGAGCGGGGAGCACCGGGGACGGGGACGGCCUGGACACCCCGCGGGGCGGGCGGCCCAAGAGGAAAGCGGCCAAAGUGGCUCUGCUGUACCUGCAGGAGCUGGCGGAGGAGCUGAUGCCCGCGUGCCAGCCCCCCGCUCCAGCCAAGGGGGUGCCAGAGCCCGAGCCCGGCCGGAGGAAGCGCCGGGGCCGCAGGAGGAAGGGGGAGGACGCAGACAGCGAUGACCCUGCACAGGAUGCUGACUUCGUGCCCUCGCAGGAGGUGCUGCAGGCAGAGGAGGAGGAGGAGGAGGGCAGCGACACGCUGUUCAGUGAGGCGUCGGAGCCGGAGCUGGAGGCACCUCGAGGGCACGGCGGGAGGAUGGCAGCCUCAGGGAGAUCCAAGCCCCAGUGCCGAGGCCUCGCCCCCAACGGCUUCCACAACUCCAUCAUGGCCCCAGUGGAGAAGAGCUCCAGCCUUACUUGCAGCCUGCGGGAGCAGAAGCACUCGCAGUGGGAGUUCCCUGACUGGAUCCCAGUGGCACACAGGUGGACAUGUCUCUCUGACAGCGAGGCUGCCCCGUACCUGCCGGCAGAGGAGAAGUCUCCCCUGUUCUCCAUUCAGCGUGAGGGCAUCAAGGACGAUGGUGCCUUGUACAGGUUAAACAGGUUCAGCUCUCUGCAGCCCCACCCUGAGCGCCUGGAUGUCUCCUUCUUCGUGGGUGGCCCGGUGUGGGCGCUGGAGUGGUGCCCGACCCCGGAGGGCUCUGCAGCCCCGCAGUACGUGGCUGUGUCCUGCCACAGGAGCAUGGAGGAGACACACAGCGUGUCUGGGCUUCACUCAGGCCCUGCACUCCUGCAGAUCUGGGACCUGGGCGUGCUGCACACAGAGCAGGGCUCUCCCAACAAAGCCAGGCUGGCCUAUGCCAUCGCUGCUGACUACGGCUGCGUGUGGGACAUGAAGUUCUGCCCCAGUGGUGCCUGGGAGCCACCCACUGCAGCCCGGACGCACCCGCAGAUGAGCCGGCUGGGCCUGCUGGCUGCUGCCUUCUCGGACGGCAGGGUGGUGGUGUACGCCUUGCCGCACCCUGGGGCCCUGCACCACGCCAAGACAACCCAGGUAAAAGAUGGGUCCCUCCACAAGCACCUGAUCUGCAAGGUGCAGUGCAUCGCCACACUUCAGGUGGGCUCCAUCCAGGCAGGUAAUGCAUCCGAGUGUGGACAGUGCUUCAGUCUCUCCUGGAUGCCUUCCAAGCCCCACCACCACCUGGCAGCAGGGUUUUAUGAUGGCACCGUGGCAGUGUGGAACCUGCUCACCAAAUCCCUGCUGCAGUGCGUGCCCCAGCCUGAUGCCUCCCUCAAGCUCUACCCCUUCCGGUGCUUUCUAGCCCAUGACCACGCAGUCAGGAGCAUUGAGUGGUGCAAGGCUGACAGCAACUUCCUGGUCACGGUCGGCAGCGAUCGCAAGAUCAAGUUCUGGGACCUGCGGCGGCUCUACGAGCCCAUCAACAGCAUCAAGCGCUUCCUGAGCACCGAGGUGGCCUGGCUGCUGCCCUACAACGGCAUCACUGUGGCCCAGGACAACUGCUAUGCCCCGUACGGGCUCUGCGGGAUCCACUACAUCGACGCCGGCUACCUGGGCUUCAAGGCCUACUUUGUGGCCCCUCGCAAGGGCACCGUGUGGAGCAUCUCUGGCUCGGACUGGCUGAACACAGUAGCUGCGGGUGACAUCACCGGCGAGUUGGUGGCAGCGGUGCUGCCCGACCUGGCUGUCAACCCCCUCAACGUCAAGCGCUCCUCGGACCGCAGAUUUCCAGUGUACAAAGCUGACCUACUGCCACACAGCCCUGAUGGGCCUGAGCGCUCCGAGCAGGCACUGCCAAGGACCCACUGCUACAGCGAGAUGGUGGCCAGGAGCUACAUCCGAUUCCAGGACACGGACCUGCGCAGCUUCCAGAACUUCUCCAGCCGGGAGCCCAUGCGCCGGAUGCACACGCAGGAGCUGAAGGCAGAGCUGAGCCUCGACCGCCUGCAGAUGGAGGCCCUGCACAAGGUGCGCUUCAGCCCCAACCUGGACUCGCAGGGGUGGCUGGUGUCGGGCGGGCAGGCGGGCAUUGUGCGGGCACACUGCCUGGCAGGGCUGGCCUCGGCCGUGGGCCACCAGCUGCUUCCCGAGUGCCAGGCCCGCUUCAACGUCCUCUAUGGGGACACACCGAGCAGCCCUGGCCCCCCUGAGCACUCCCUGCUGCCAGCAGAGUAGGAGUGUCAGUCCCUCAGGCAGCUGCCAUGUGCUCGCCCUGGGCAGGGCUUGGGGCUGGGGCCAGCUACGCUGGCAUGGGGCUGUGAGCCCUCUCAGUGCUGCUUUCCCGAUGGGUGUCUGCUGCAGGAGGGGCAGCUGCUCCCAGCCAUUCCCUGGGAUGGUCUGGACACUUGUCCUCAUCCUCUGGGCCUGGAAGGGUCCGUCUGCGCUGUUUGGUCUGAGCUGGGCAGGGGUGGUGGGAGCUGUGCUUGUCCCAGGACUGAGCUGUGGGUCUGACCCUGUGGAAGUGCCCAUGGGCUCCACCAGCAUGGAGCUGUGCUUGUGCUGGCCUCUUUCCCCAGUGAGCGCCCAAGGGUGGCCAGGGGGCCGGGAGCUGUGGAGUCGCUCACAUUGAGCUUGUGUUCAGCUGUGCAGAAUAAAUGUGGUUGGUUUUGUA